AACGUUGAAGUCACGUGUCUCACUUGUAGAAACUUUGACAAGUUUGUCGACACAAGUCCUCUGCUUUCCACGCUAUCGUAAACCUUGCAUUUCGUUCUUUUGUAUCUUUUUGUUUCUUUAAUAAAGUAAUUGGACCGGAAUCGACGUCUUUGCAACGAGCGAAAAAAAAAAACACGCAACAUGGAGAUCGUGCAGAAAGUCACUUCGGGUUUUAGUCUUGAUCUGAGUCCUGUUAAAGAGCCACUGGGAUUUAUUCGGAUCCUGGAGUGGGUUUUCACCAUAUGUGCCUUUGCCACCACCGGCGGUUAUGUUGGAUCAAGUGUCUUCACUAUAACUUGUGACAGUAAACCAAAAGAAAUUGCUGCUAAUUUUGCCUAUCCAUUUAGGUUACCGAGUCAGCCAUAUGAGAUUCAACAUUGCAAUGGCACCAAUAACGUGACCUACCUACAGGGAGAUUUCUCAUCCUCAGCUGAGUUCUUCGUCUGUGUUGGGGUCUUUGGCUUUCUGUACUGUACUUUCACCCUUGUCCUGUAUUUGGGCUACCAGCACCUCUAUAGGGAAUCAAACCGUUACCCGAUUAUUGAUCUGAUUUUGACCGGAAUCUUUGCUUUCUUAUGGCUGGUCGCAUCCUCAGCCUGGGGAAAAGGUCUGACAGAUGUAAAGUAUGCUACUAAUCCUGACAGCCUAUUAAAGGCAUGUUCUCCUGAUACCUGCACAACGACAAGCUAUCCUGCCAUGGGACGCCUCAACGCCUCUGUGCUGUUUGGAUUCCUUAACCUCAUAUUGUGGGCAGGAAACUGCUGGUUUAUCUACAAGGAAACUCCACUUCAUAAGCCUGCUGAUCCACCAGUCAAUGCGGAGGGAGGAGUUUCAAGCUCCUAAUGAAACAAACGAAGCGCUUUCCUCUCCUCAUCCGAAAGCAGAGGGACACAGUGUGUUGACGCGUCAAAAGAAACUACACUUACAUUUGCAAAGGCUUUAUUUGUAUUGCAGUCCACUACAUUAUAAAUUCUAUAAGCUGAAUAUACUUUUUUCAUACAUGUUUUUUAUGGUAAUUUCACUGAUGUUUUAGUGUUUGUUGUGAUGGCACUAACAAAAGCAAAAUCUAUUCGAGCAGGUCAUUUGAUGCAACAGCAAAAAAAGAAAACUAAAUUUUUAUUCAAUUUAAAAUGUUUAAAAUAUAGCUGUGAAUUGAAUACUCAUGUUCUGGGUUACUGAUAAUGGUUUAUUUGGUUUAAUGUAUAAAAUUGGCUACAAAGAUGACCUGCAUGUAAAAAACAAAAUAUUUUCACUUCAAUCAGACCCCAUGAGAAACAAACGUUGCGUUUUAUAACUCUAAUGUACAAUGUUUUGUCUCUGAGCACUUAAAACACUAGCGCAAUAAUAUAUUACUGUAGACAUACGUCUUUACUUAAUUUUUAAAACUAUUUAUUUGGUAAAGUGCCAUUUACACAGUAGGAUGUUUUUGCACAUCCAAGUCACCACAUUUUUUUUUUGGUUUGUUUUUUUGGGGGAGGACAAACUGAACAUGUCUAAUUAAGAACAGCCAUACUUUUAAAUGUUUGAAUGAAUUUUUGUAUUUAAGCCUUUGGUUCAUAGUCAAAUUAUUAUGCCAUGUCAGGAAAAAAUAUAUGUGAACUGUAAACAUUAGUCGUUGUUUAACAGAAAGAAACACUGCUUUGUUUUUCAUCUGUUCUAAGUUUUGAUGUCAUUAUUUUGUAUUUGGAUCUUUUUUGACGUUGUUGUAAAUGAAUCACAUGUCUGAAUCACAAUGUUUAUUUGUUUGCAUCUGUGUUAUGCUUUUGCAGCUUUCAUUUGGGUUUUUAUUUUUACUUUGGGUCAAACAAAAAUUUGGAGUGGGGUUGAAUUCAGUUUAAUAACAAUAAUUAUAAUUGAAUAACAGCGUCCGGCUGUGGAGUUGAAUAUUGAUUUUUUUUAAAUCUUAAAGUAGUUGUUUUAAAAUCAGAUUUAAAUAUUAAUUGCUAUAUUUAAAUGAAAGAAACGGGCCUAAACACAUUAAAUUAAUACAAAUGGCAUAAUUUUAGAAAAAAAAUUUGAGUUGCUAUUAAAGAGAUAAGGUAGUUAAGCAAAAAAAGUAUAUUCUCAGGUCACAUUUUGAUUUAAAUUUUUGUUAGGGAUAAAUUAUCAAUGUUUUGGUGGAAACAUUAAUGUGUGGCUUAUGGAAAAUAUAAACUUACAUUUUUGUUGUGUUUUUAUCCCUGCGUUUGAAAGAAAAUAUCUCCACAAAGGCUGUUUGCAGCUUUGGUUAGUAUUAAAAGAGGAGAGCUGAUUAUUACUGUGGUCGAGUUUUAUUUCCAGAAAACUGCUGUUUACUUUAUAGCCACUAGAUGGAAGUAUUGUCAUCGCAAUAAAGACCAUCAACUAAAUCUCA